AUGUCUAUAACACGAAGCACUAGCGAACUAAAAAUCCCAGCACCACCUCCAUCGCCGAUCCCAACGGGAAGAGGUUCCCGUUCUGCUGCCAAUGAAAUCUUGAUAGAAUACCUCGAACAGUCUUUAAAUGUCCCUGACCUUGCCUUGCCUGAACCUUGCAUUCCUCUUAACAAACAUCAAAACAUUCCUGUUGAAAUCAAUUACCGAUUGUUGGAAUCAAGAGAUUGGGAGAGUAAGGAUCGGCUUUUAGAGUCGGUUAAGGAAUUUGGGGUGUUUAAGGUUAUUGAUCAUGGGAUUUCGGUUGAGGAGAUGGGAUUCUUGGUCAAAGAAGCCGAUCGGGUUUUCCGUGUUAUGGAGCCGAAAAAUGUGGGAUUUCGGAGAAAUUAUCAACAGAAGGAGAUAGUGUGGGUUUUGUCUGGCGAGGAAAGAAUGGAAUUGGCGGGAGAGUUUGUCGGAGCUGAAAGAUUUCGUGAUUUUAGUGAAAAGAUGGAGAAUGUUGCAAGUAAACUUGAGGCAAUUGCGCAACAAUUGUACAAAUUUUUAGUCGAAAACACAGACAAAGAGCAUUUUGGGAAGACAAUGACAAUGCAAGGGAAAGAGUCUAUCCUUAGCUUGUUCAGACACAACCACAGAAAUGACAUCGAAUUGGAACAACAGAUGCUUAAUGAGAAAAACAGGAAAUGUUCUGAUCAUAUUUUGCGUCUCCAUUUUCCCACAACGCAGUCUCAAUUUUCUCUCCGGACGGACCAAGGCCCUCUGUGUUUUGAUGCUGGACCAGACGCUAUUGUUGUCACCGUAGGAAAACAUUUGCAGAAACAAAAAGCUUGUAAUUCUGCUAUUGGUUUGAAUAAACUGCCUUUAUCUUGGUGUCGUGCAACAAGAGGAAAGAAGAGCAACGACGAAGGGAAAAAGGAAAAAGGAAAGAAAGAUGAGACAUGA